AUUGUUGCGAUGAAAAUGUCCGCCUUCUCGACAACUUAGAAUUUCGGAGUUCUGAGGUACGUCUCAACUCCAGUGAUAAAAGUCGCGCGGUAAAUGAUAACAGCCUUUCAUCGAGAUGGUAUAGUGCAACGCUUUACGGUUGGCAGUACCUUAUGGCUGACUCUACCAAUAAACCAAGCGUCUUGGGAUGUUCUACAUACUGGCCUAUCUAUUUAAAAGAAAAACAUGUACCAUUGAACGAUCUUGGAGAGGAUCCAACUGAUGCUUUUGCUUGUGUCCUUGAUGCCCUUGGCCUUUGUAAAACAAAGUAUAAAAUUCAAAUAAGAAAAUGCAACGAUGAAAUUCAAUAUAAUUUGAAAUCAACUGUAUGGAUGAGUGGCUUUUGUUUCGAAAAGCAUGAGUUGCUCAACAGAACUACACCGUUUCCAGCCCCAGAAAAUGUUGACUUUGGAAAAAUUACAGUCAGACCGGAAUUAAAUUUUACGGAGCAACCGCUAAAUCAAGAGCUUACAGUGUUCAAACCAUAUUUAAGAUUUUGGUGUCAAUUUGAUGUGAAAACCGAUUUAUUUUAUACAGUUACAUGGUAUAUAGAUGAAACGCCUUUAAACGAGACGAUGGGUCCAAGCAAAGAUAUGUCUGAUCUAAUCUUAAAAGAAGAACAAUUGACAUCGAGACACAUUUCUCUAGGAAUUAAUAUAAGAUGUGGAGUAAGCGCUUCUAUUGGUGUAGAUGGUAUGCUUUCCGCUAUAAAAAAGGGUGAAACGUUUUACGCAGGAAUCAAGAUUCGUGAUUCUAAUAUAUAUCUUGAUAAAGAAAGAGAGGCAGUGGUACAAAUGCAAUCGACAGUUCCAAUCGGUUGUCAGUUUUUCAGAGCCAAAGAAAAAGAUAUGACGGAGUUUUGUACGUUAGGAAUGAAUAUUUUCGUAAAUAAUGGUAAAUCAUUGCAAUGUGAAAGGGAAUCAGUACUUAACAAGAAACCUGAGGAAAAUGGAAAUCAUUUAUGUGCACAAGACAUAAAGACACUGGCUAUGGGAGAUGUAUGGGACCCAUCUACUCAAUUCAACUUUACAAUAGUAACCUCGGAUCACAAUUAUGACGAUCACAGCGAAUUUCUCCUGCGACUUGAAUUUGCUGAUACAGUAGAAGACACAAUCUGGAUAAACUACUCCUUCCCAGAAAUAAAG